GUUAAUGUACAAAGAUUUUUGUAAACAAUUCGUCUCUUUAGCAAAUAAUUCUUCGUUCUUUCUCGUCUGACUCGGGUAAGUUAAAUUUUUUAUCCAAUUCAAUCCUUCUAUUCUAACAUCAAUAUAAUUUAUUUGUUGCUGAGAAGUAUUUAGGUCUUGCAGACGAAUUCAUAAGAUGGCCAAGUUAACUAGGGAAAGGAAACGUAAAUCUGCGAUCAAUGAGGUGGUUACCCGUGUGUAUACCAUUAACAUGCACAAGAGGCUCUUGAACAUUGGUUUCAAGAAGCGAGCCCCUCGCGCAAUCAAAGAAAUCCGCAAGUUUGCCACCCAACAAAUGGGCACACAAGAUGUGCGCAUUGACACUAGGUUGAACAAGUUUGUCUGGUCCAAAGGAAUUAGGAGUGUACCAUUCCGUAUUCGUGUACAAUUAGCAAGGAGACGAAAUGAUGAUGAAGAUUCACCACACAAGUUAUACACUUUGGUCACCUGGGUGAAUGUACCUACAUUCAAAAAAUUGGGUACGGAAAAUGUUGAUGGAACCGAAGAAUAAACUUGUAAACACUUUGUCUUUGAUAAUAAAUAAGUAUAAAAUGAUAAAUUGUUAAUA